AUGGCAGCAAAAUUAGGAAAUGGGAAGACUUGGCCGGCCAAUGUGGUGUUGUGCUUCUUCUUGUUGUCUGUACACAUGAACGAAGGUCAAGACACAGUCAACAAUGGCCAGGAAGCUACUUCUAGUCAGAAGCUUGAGGUUGAUAAGCUAUUGAGGAAAUUGAAUAAACCAGCCGUCAAGUCUAUAAAGAGUCCUGAUGGAGACGUAAUCGACUGCGUCUCAAUCCUGAAGCAACCAGCUUUUGAUCACCCGAAACUCAAAAAUCACAAAAUUAAGAUGAGGUCAACUUUCCGACCUGAAGUAAAGAUAGAAAGCAAAAUGUCUUCAAAGUCAAAGCCAAUUGUUCAGCCAUGGCACCAAGUUGGAAGUUGCCCAAAUAGAACCAUUCCUAUAAGAAGAACAAGAAAGGAGGACAUCCUGAGGGCAAGCUCUAUCCAACAAUUUGGGAAGAAUCUCAAAACUGUCCCUCUUCGUUCAUAUGUUGCUGGUGAAGGUAGCCAUGAGGUGUACCCACAACUAUAUGGGGAUAACGCGACCAGUCUGUUCACCUACUGGACUGGUGAUUCAUAUAAAACACCGGAUGUUAUGACCUUCUUUGUUCUGGGUUUGUUCAACUUGACGCUGGAAUAG